AAGAGUUUCGAUCCUUCCAGCAGAAUGCCGAGCCAGCUCGAGGGUGCGAUGGACGCACUGAUAGCAGUUUUCUACAACUACUCUGGGAAUGACGGAGACAAAUACAAGCUCAACAAGGGCGAGUUGAAGCAGCUGUUGAACAGCGAGCUCACUGACUUCCUCACGUCUCAGAAGGAUCCGAUGCUGGUGGAGAAGAUCAUGAACGACCUGGACUCUAACAAAGACAACGAGGUGGAUUUCAAUGAGUUUGUUGUGUUGGUGGCCGCCCUGACCGUCGCCUGCAACGACUUCUUCCAGGAGCAGAAAAAGAAGAGCAAGUAGACGUCUGCACGAAAACCAUCUGGAAACCAAACUGUAAAUUUUUCCAAAUGUCACCACAGUGAAUGUCGCAUCAGUUGAACAAGUUGUUUUAGCAUCUCCCACAGUACAGGAUAAUGAAUGUAACAUAUAUGAACGUAGACACUCACCAAAGUUCAGCCUGGAGCUGUUAAACAAUGACGUUGUGAUCUCGCACCAAGCUUGUUUAACCCAAGUUAUAGUCAUUUUUGUAGUAAAGUGCUGUUAGAAACAAGAAAACACAAAGACACCCUUUCCUAAAUCUUCCAUGGCGUUGUCAUUGUAACUUUUUUCCCACCUUGUUUUAUCCCAGACUUUCACAGUUUCACAGUAAAAACUCCUCUCGUCUAGUUUUCCCUGUGAAAAACAGCAUAGAACGAUCACGACUGCCGAUAAUUUAGUUGCAUUCACCUUUAAAAAGACACCUGCGUCGUCUAAAACUGUCUCCGAAUCAUCCGUCAUCAUUUUUCUUACAGUUUUCUGCCCCAGCUGACGCCCCAGCCGAGACCCUCCGUCUCGUUCGAUUAUAAAUGUCAAAUGUUAAAUAUCUAAUAUUUUCCUUUUGAGUCAUUGUCAGAGCCUGAAGGUGCAAUUACUCAGAGACAUUUCUGUGCCUUGUCAGUCUCUGUUGCCCAAGAAGAAACAUUUUUUCCCCUCAUGCUGAUCCAAAGUUAGACUCGUCAGGAUUGAUACUGAAUACUGAACUCAGUGAUGAAGAUUAUGAAUGUUCACGGUCUGUAACAGUUAAUGCUUUCCUGCCAUGUUUAGAAACA